CUCCACACACCCAUUUGAUUUUGCUCUGAUUCUCUGUCGCCUUCUCUUCUCUACUUUCUCUCUCUAAAACUUUAAAGGAGUGACGACGAGAAGUUGAAGAAAGAAGGGGGAAGACGACAAAUCCCUCUCCACUUUGGUUUUGUCGUCGGAUUCUCCAAGUCUCACACACACAAACACGCACACGAACGCGCGAUAAAAACAAAAGCGCUCCCAGAAACAAUGCCAGGACCUGGUCAGCCCACCAUUCUUCAAUGAAACCACGCAAGUAAUAUAUACGCAAUUGCGUACAUAUAUAUAUAUAGGUAGAUAUAUAUAGAAUCUGGUGUGAAUAAAUGAGGUGCAAGAAACACCCGGCUGACUUGAGUAGCGGCGUUGGCGUCUGCGCCUCCUGCCUCCGUGAACGCCUCUUCGCUAUAAUGGCAGCGCAGGCUCAAAAGCAGGCGACCCACCUCCACAUGGUCCAACAGGAUUGUCGGAGAUCAGAUACCCAGCACCAACAACUACAACCACCCCCUCUUUCAUUUCCCCGCUCGGUUUCCCCUUAUAUUUCCCGGAGGAAGUCGGAUACGGAGACCGCCGUGUGGCAGCUCCAUGGCCGCCCCCAGCAACGGUUCUACAGUACUCCCCAGGUGGGGCCCACCGGCUCCGUAACGGUUGAGGUCAGGAAGAAGAAGAAGGGUAACGGGGGGAGAUUUUCCUCGCUGUUCCUGGGUCUUUUCAGAUCGAAACCGGGCAAAGUGGAUUCGGACUCGGGUCCGGCGUCGGAUCCUGGAGUCUCGAGUGAUUCCUGCACGGCUUCUCCUUCGUGGUUUACCACUAUCAUUCCCGGCCGCCGGAAAAAGCAGAUUCGGACUUUUUCACUAGACGAAAGCACGAUCAGAGCCCAGCGGAGAGCUUGCCGGAACCGAGACCGCGGAAUGUCUCCUGCGCGAUACUCCGACGAGGAGGACGAGCAUUGCCAUGGGGGAUCGAGUGGAUACUCGUCGGAGUCAUCCCAAGGCUGGAGACGCACCCCGCGGAGAACACCGGCGACGAUGCGGCGGGGCGGGACGAGAGGGUCCGGGCACAACAGAAAUGUAUCGGGCUUAAAUUUUUGUUUGAGUCCCUUGGUGUGGGCGAGUCCGAACCGGCAGUGGAAUCAGAAGGGAGUGCCGCCAGAGAUCGUGGUGACGGGGGAAUCAAGAGCGGCGCCGAAGCCCCACCUCUCCGCAGCGGCGUCGUUUUGCAAGAACAGGUCCCGGAAGCUCGCCGACAUCGGUCGCCACAACUACAACACCAAGCAUUGAUUCA